CAGGAGAAGUCACUUACCAUCUGGACUAGCAGUGGGACAAGACAGGAGAACUGUGAGCUGCACCUGUCCCAUACAUAUACACACACACUCAGGGGAGAGAUCACACACAGCCUCUAUGUGUGGCUGGGACCAGAGCGUCCUGGCUGCUUCUCAUCACAGCUCGGCCAUGUUGACUACUGAGGAAGCACCCUACGCCGUGGACAAUGAGGAGCUCAAGAUGGAUGUAGAGGAUGUAGACAUGACAAAAUGGACGGAGGAAGAGUUUGAGGAGAAAUGCACGUACAUCGUAAAAGAUCACACCUGGGAGGGUCCUCUAGAGAACACAGAACUCACCCGGAUAUACUCAAAUGGAGAGUUCCAUCAUUUUGUGGACGGACUGGUCGAGGAGAAGAGUAACUGGAUGCGUUAUGUGAAUCCAGCACAUUCCCAGCAGGAACAGAACCUUGCUGCCUGCCAAAAUGGCAUGAACAUCUAUUUCUACACCGUGAAGGCCAUUCCUGCAGAUCAGGAACUACUGGUGUGGUACUGCCCUGAGUUUGCCCGCCGUCUCAACUACCCUGCCUCUGGAGAGAUUAUGAUGCAAAAACUCAAGCAGAGCCUGAUUGAAGCCACACAGCAAGUGACUGAAAUCAAGCACCCAGGGAAAAGAGAGCACAGUGUUUCAGAGAUUCUGAAAGACGUACUGCAAGAACCCAGCAGACCACUUCCCACCCGUCCCCGCUGCCCCAACAGCCCAGACCGACCUCUUUACCCCAGUGCUGUCUAUCCGCUCCGCCCUUCCCUAAGCGAAGACUUUUUAAAGACUACCACAGUAUUUGGCCUCCCGAACCGCUCCCACAGACAGUGUUCAGUGACACCCAGCCCUUCAGCACACAGCAGUCUGGAGAGCAGUCCAGAAAGCAGUCCCACACCAGCAUCCCUUGAGCCAAGAGACACCCUUCUCUCCUUCUCUCCAGCACUCUACAGUCGUGGCCUGAACCACUACCCAGGCUACUCACCAGCAGGCUCCAUGCCAUUCUACCCUAACCCGCACUACUCACGCUACCUCAUGCCCCACUACCCUGUUAGUAGUCUGAGUGGGCCACCUACUUUGGGAGGUAUAUUUCCACACAUGUACCCCUUUUAUAGCAGAUUGGUACCCCCUCAUGUACCCUUCCCACCUGGCAUGCUUCCGUCCGAGGGUAGUCGACAAUUUCUGCUUCCACCUGACUCUCUGGCUCCCAGGGACAUCCUGCUCCCAGCGGCCACCAGUGCCUUUUCUGCAGCCACCUCUCUGAAAGACAAACCAGUCCAUGGGCAUGGGAACCCCUACGCUCCCGCUGGUGGGUCUCCACCAGCCGGCUCUGCAGCCUCUACCGGACGUGUUCCUACCAAGCCUACCUCAGCAAUCCUGAGUACCAGCCGCUCGGAGGAUAAGGCGAUCAAUCUAAGCAAGAUGAAACAAGGUUCCACAGGCUACAAAACUCUAGAUUACCCACUUAAGAAGCAGAACGGGAAGAUCAAGUAUGAGUGCAAUAUCUGCACCAAGACUUUUGGUCAACUUUCCAAUCUCAAGGUGCACCUGCGAGUCCAUAGCGGUGAACGACCCUUUAAGUGUCAGACCUGCAAUAAAGGUUUCACUCAGCUGGCCCACCUGCAGAAACACUAUUUGGUCCACACAGGAGAGAAACCCCAUGAGUGCCAAGUGUGUCACAAGCGUUUCAGCAGCACUAGCAACUUGAAGACCCAUUUGCGACUGCACUCUGGUGAAAAGCCCUACCAGUGCAAGAUCUGCCCAGCCAAGUUUACACAGUUUGUCCACCUCAAGCUGCACAAACGGCUGCACACACGAGAACAUCCACACCAAUGCCCGCAUUGCCACCGCAACUACAUUCACCUUAGCAGCCUGCGGCUCCACCUCAAAGGCUACUGCUUAGCGGUCUCUCCUUCUCCCAGCUGCAGCCUGGAUGAACUCAACCGCGUGAAUGAGGAAAUUGAACGCUUUGACAUCAGCGAUAAUGCAGACAGACUGGAAGAAAUGGAAGGGUUUGAUGUGGAGAGCAUGGUAGAGAAACAGAUCUUUGGCCUGCUCUGGCAGGAGAUGGAUUUUAAGGCGUCUUAUCACAAAGGUAGCACUGGAGGAGACCUGCACCCCCCACCACCUGCAUUAUCUAUAUAUCGUCUGAACGAGCAUGGCAGUGAGGACUCUGUCAUCAAGGUUCAUUGCAGCAGCCCUAUCCAGCUCCUACCUGUCAAGGUUAAAAAGGAGACAGAGGAGGCCAUGGAAACCUAGCCAACUAGAGGAUUGCUGACCAUUUACCUGACUAGCUCUCUUGACAAGGUUAUGGACAGCCACAAGUAUACAUAAUUCUUCUCAAAGAAUCAGGCUAUGGCCUUUAUGUUCAGGGACUUGAGUACUCAGGGCUAACAGACAUCGUUCCAGUCCAUCAGUGGUCCAGUAUGUCCUACACAAAUUAAAAAGACAAUCAUAUUCUUUUAUUAAUAUUAUUAAUAUUAUUUGCUCUUCUUGGUGUUUAUUUUAGUUUGUUACGUAAUCUAUUUAAUUUAUUAUUCAACGCAUCAUCCUUCACAACCAAUACGUGGAAAUAAUGUUUACAAUGACUGGUUAAAUCAUUGUAAUUUACUGUUUUAUAUAUUUUCUUUUGCUUUAUUCUUUUGUGGAUAGUAACUGUAAAUAGUGUCCCAGUUGACUGUGAUUUCAUGUGUGACUGCAAAGAGCUCACCACAUUCAGGUUUAUUUUUAAUGUGGGCUUUGAAGUCAGAGGUAGACCUUUUUGUUGAAGGCAUUUUUUAACUAUAGGAAAGGUCAGAGGUUACGUAUCUAUGUGUACGUGUUUUACAAAACAUUUAUUCUCUUAAUUUUGAGCUCUACACAACAUAAUGAAUACAAAAAGGGCAUAUUAUAUAUUACCAACAACUGUUACCUCAAAUGUCAGAGUGAGUGUGUGUGUGUGUGUGUGUGACACUGACACUGACACUGCAAUUUCUUACUUAUGUGUGGCACAUUACAGAAACCAAAACGAUAAAGAAAUGAGAAUGUGGAAAUGAUAACCAAAGUGAACUCUUUCGUUUAUUUUCAGAGAUGUGUGCAAGUGCAGCGUGAGCUGCUGCAACUGUCUGCUCUGCAGGUCUGUGAUGAUGUUUAUGGACACUCCACAUCACUUUGGCCUUUGUAUGCACUGGUUCUUUUUUCUUUUGUCUUAUGUUUGUACUUUUUUCUUUGUUUUUAAUAUGAUUUUGUGCAGCGAUAUUAGUAGGACAGUUUAUCAGCAACAUGUGCUGUGAGGUAGUAGUACUGUAUCUCAUACACUUUCUGUCCUAAAGUAUGACCAAAGUCUACACCUCAUCUUCAGCUUUAAAUUAAA